GACCCAUAAAAAAAUAAACUUCCUGUCAUAAUUCCUCUAUCCCCACCCCCUCUCAGCACUUUUCGUCCUUCUUCUUCCCCAACCCCACGGCGGAACCCUAAUUCCCCCUUCUUCUUCCUCAAUCACAGAGCAAAACCCUAAUUCUCCCUUCACGAAUCCCACAUCUUCCUCCUCAACCAUGGGGGCAGUGAAAGACUCAGACCCCUCCCUGGGCUACCUAACCCGCAAGGACACCGAGGUGAAGCUUCCCCGGCCUACCCGCGUCAAAAACAAAACCCCCGCCCCAGUCCAGAUCACCGCCGAGCAAAUUCUCCGCGAGGCCCGUGAGCGCCAGGAGGCCGAGAUCCGCCCCCCCAAGCAGAAGAUCACCGACGUCACCGAGCUCAACGACUACCGCCUCCGCAAGCGCAAGGAGUUCGAGGACCUCAUCCGCCGCGUCCGAUGGAACGUCAGUGUGUGGAUCAAGUACGCCCGGUGGGAGGAGUCCCAGAACGACUUCCCCCGCGCCCGCUCCGUCUGGGAGCGGGCCCUAGAAGUCGACUACACCAACACCACUCUAUGGCUCAAGUAUGCUGAGCUCGAAAUGAAGAACAAGUUCAUAAACCACGCUAGAAACAUUUGGGACCGCGCCGUGACCUUAUUACCUAGGGUUGAUCAGUUAUGGUACAAAUACAUACACAUGGAGGAGAUGCUAGGUAAUGUAGCUGGUGCAAGGCAGGUUUUUGAGCGAUGGAUGACAUGGCAGCCAGACCAACAGGGUUGGCUGAGUUACAUUAAGUUCGAGCUUAGGUACAAUGAGAUUGAUAGGGCCAGGUCGAUUUUUGAGAGGUUUAUGUUUUGUCACCCGAAGGUGAGCGCGUGGAUUAGGUUCGCGAAGUUCGAGAUGAAGAAUGGGGAGAUUGGUAGGGCUAGGAAUUGUUACGAGAGGGCGGUGGCGAAGUUGGGUGACGAUGAGGAGGCGGAGACGUUGUUUGUUGCGUUCGCGGAGUUUGAGGAGAGGUGUAAGGAGACGGAGAGGGCGAGGUGUAUAUACAAGUUUGCGCUGGAUCAUAUACCAAAAGGGAGGGCGGAGGAUUUGUAUAGGAAGUUUGUGGCAUUUGAGAAGCAGUUUGGGGAUAAGGAAGGGAUUGAGGAUGCUAUUGUUGGGAAGAGGAGGUUUCAGUAUGAGGAUGAGGUUAAGAAGAACCCUCUUAAUUAUGACUCGUGGUUCGAUUAUAUUCGGUUGGAAGAGAGUGUGGGUAGGAAAGAGAGGGUUAGAGAGGUUUAUGAGCGUGCGAUUGCCAAUGUUCCUCCGGCUGCAGAGAAGCGGUAUUGGCAGCGGUACAUUUAUUUGUGGAUUAAUUAUGCAUUGUAUGAAGAGCUGGAUGCGCAAGAUAUGGAGCGUACGAGAGAAGUGUAUAGGGAAUGUCUUAAGUUGAUUCCUCAUGAGAAGUUUUCGUUUGCAAAAAUAUGGUUGUUGGCUGCCCAGUUUGAAAUACGACAGUUGAAUCUGAAGUCUGCACGUCAAAUCCUCGGCAAUGCCAUUGGGAAGGCUCCCAAAGAUAAGUUAUUCAAGAAGUACAUUGAGAUAGAGGUGCAACUUGGUAACAUGGAUCGUUGCCGAAAGCUGUACGAGAAAUAUUUGGAGUGGGCCCCAGAGAACUGCUAUGCAUGGAUCAAGUACGCUGAGUUGGAGCAAUCGCUUAGUGAAACUGAAAGGACAAGAGCUAUUUACGAGCUCGCCAUUGCACAACCUGCACUUGAUAUGCCUGAGUUGUUAUGGAAGGCAUAUAUAGAUUUUGAGAUAUCAGAAUUUGAAUUUGAAAGAACUAGAGAGCUUUAUGAGAGGCUUCUAGACCGGACAAAGCACGUGAAAGUAUGGAUGAGUUUUGCUCAGUUUGAGGCUUCUGCUAUGGAUGUCAAGGAUUUGGACUUGCCAGAAGAAAAUGUCCAGGAAGAUCUUCUUGAGCAGAAGAAGCUAUGCCUUCAGCGUGCUAGAAGGGUGUUUGAGAGAGGAGUUAACUAUUUCAGAACAUCAGCUCCUGAGUUGAAAGAAGACAGAGCUAUGCUUUUGGAGGAUUGGUUGGAAACAGAGACCAAGUUUGGCAAGCUAGGUGAUCCCAAUUCAGUCCGCGCUAAGUUGCCAAAGAAACUCAAGAGGCGGCGGCAAAUAGAGAACGAGGAUGGUCCACCAGGGUAUCAAGAAUAUAUCGACUACCUAUUUCCAGAAGAAACCCAGACCACAAAUCUCAAGAUCUUGGAAGCUGCAUACAAGUGGAAGAAACAAAAAGUUGUUGCUUCUGAUGACGAGGGCGAGGAUUAGCAGGCUUCUGUCUUUCUAUUUUUGUACCUUACUACUUAUUAUUGGUGUUGUAAAUAUUGAGAGCUUUUUGCGCUUAAAUGGUGGUUCAAGUAACCGACUUUUCGUUUUGAGUGGCAAUUUGAUCUUUCGCCAGAAUAGCUCGUUUGUAACAUGCUUUUUAUGUGUUUCGCCAUGGAAUGGCAAUUUCUUGUUGACAA